UCCCCUCUCGGACAGGUUUUGGAAAGGCUGAAACCGAACCAUCCCUCUCACAGGCAAUUCAGAAAGGAGUGUGUGUGUGUGUGUGUGUGUGUGUGUUUGCGUGUGUUAGAGACACACAUACACAUUACACACACACAGUGACAGGGGGCUUUGUGCAUGUGUGAAUGUGUCGGUUGCCUUCUCUCCAAGUUAAGCCCUUAAGAAGAGGUGUGGUUCUUUCACUCUCUGUCUUCUCUCUCUCUCUCUCUCUCCCUCUCUCUCUCUCUCUCUCUCGCUCUCUCUCUCUCUCUCUCUCUCUCCGAUCCCCAAGCAGAUUCUCAUCGCAUGUUCUGUUAGUUUAAUUCUCCUCUGCUGCUGCUGCCGCUGUGAGUCUCAGGGCGUUCUCUUUUUCGCAUUUUUGAACACCCAUCAUCAUCAUCAUCAUCAUCUCUCCACUUCUUCUUCUUCUGCUUUCACUGGUCUGAGAUGAGUUCGAGCGCUGAGAUGGGGGAGGCCAUCGAGCUAAGCAACAAGGAGCCCCAGACCCCGGAGAUGAAUAAGCUGCGUCAGAGCCUGCGCAGGAAGAAGCCCACAUACGUGCCGGAGGCCAGUAGACCCCACCAGUGGCAGGCAGACGAGGAGGCCGUACGCAAGGGCAAAUGCAACUUCCCCGUCAGGUACCUGGGUCUGGUGGAGGUGGAGGAAUCCAGAGGGAUGCAUGUGUGUGAGGAGGCUGUGAAAAAGCUCAAAAUUAGUGGCAAGAAGACAGUGAAAGCAGUACUGUGGGUGUCGGCAGACGGUCUCAGAGUGGUGGAUGACAAAACCAAGGACCUCAUCGUAGACCAGACCAUUGAGAAGGUGUCCUUCUGCGCGCCCGACCGCAAUUAUGACAAGGCCUUCUCCUACAUCUGCCGUGACGGCACCACACGCCGCUGGAUCUGCCACUGCUUCAUGGCCCUGAAGGACUCGGGCGAGCGUAUGAGCCACGCCGUGGGCUGUGCCUUCGCCGCCUGUCUGGAGAGGAAGCAGCGCCGCGAGAAGGAGUGCGGCGUCACAGCCUCGUUUGACGCCAGCCGCACCUCCUUCGUGCGCGAGGGCUCGUUCCGCGUGACGUCAUCCAGCCAGCAGGAAGGGGGCGAGCGCGAUGACAUCAUGAAGCAGCUGCAGGACAAGAAGAAAGAGCCCCCGUGUACCAUCCCAGCCAUCCCCCCUGGCACCUCCUCACCCCCUGAGGGCGCGGCCUCGCCUGUGGGGCAGGGGGUGGAGCACGCCAUCCCGCGGCGCCACGCGCCCAUUGAGCAGCUGGUGCGACAGGGCUCCUUCCGGGGCUUCCCGGCCCUCAGCGGGAAGAACUCGCCGUUCAAGAGGCAGCUCUCGCUGCGCCUCAACGACCUGCCUUCCAACCUGCAGCGCAAGACCGCUGACUUCCAGAGCAAGAACCCAGUCCCAGAGAUGGAUCUGUCAGUGUGUGGAGAGGCAGACAGCAGCAUCAACGCUCUGUGCAGCCAGAUCAACUACUCCUUCACCAAGCCCUCUGAGGAACUCUUCUCCAACCCCACCCCCAACGGCCUGCCAGCCUGCACUGUGCCCCCAGCGAUCCCCCCUCCAGCCGCCCCCCUGCAAGCCACGUCCUCCUGGGUGCAAGCGGAGCCCCUGGUCCAGUCCCCUCUGCCGGUGGUCCAUAGCGGGCACAGGAGGACACCCUCAGAGGCUGAGCGCUGGCUGGAGGAGGUGGCCAAGGCCGUCAAGGCCCAGCAACAGACCCCCACCCUGCCCCCGCCACCCAUCCAGCUCACCCCUGCCAUUCCAGGUCCACCCAUGUCAAGCACAGCAAUGUCUGUGCCACCUAUGUCAGGUGUGCCCCUAUUGGGGGCAUCCAUGCCGGGGGCAACCAUGCCCACUUCCAUGCAGCCCUUUCCCUUGGCAUUUGAUGCCACUCCCGCGCCCGUGGGCAUGUAUGCCCAGCCACCCCUGCAGCCAGCGUUUGUACCCAUGCAGGCCUACAUGCCCGCCCUGGCCAACAGCAUGACGUACUCCAACGCCAGUGUGCCUGUGGUGGGCAUCACGCCUUCCCAGAUGGUGGCUAAUGUCUUCUGCACGGCAGGCGGCUCUACCAGCGGGACUUCCAUGGGCGUGGGCACAGGGCCCAAAAUGGGCAUGCUCAGUGGCGGGCACCGCCACUCUUUCUCCGGCCAGCCGGGCGGGUUCCCUAUGCCACCCUUCGGAGCUCAUCCCACCGUCAACGGCCUCCCCCACAACAUUCCCACCUCCUCCCUCGCCACCAUCACGCAGAACGGCACUAGCAGCAACGGCGGCAGCAGCACUAGCAGCAGCUGGCCACCGGAGGGCGCACAGCAGGCCAACCCGCCCCCAGCCAAUGCCCAGGAGGUUGAUCGCUUUGAGGCAAAGUGGGCCGCGCUGGAGACCAAAUCGCAACCCAAGGAGGCGCCCAACCCCUUCUCCAAUGACUUGCAAAAGACCUUUGAGAUCGAGCUUAAACUCGGUAUUAACCCAGGUCAGGCCACUGCAUAGACUAUGAUGAUACAGACCCCCAACAAGACUGAACCACUCCACUCCCCCCCAGCCCCCUGCCCCUAAAUGCUUUCACUCCCCCUCCUCUUAAUUUUCUCCUCCUCUGUUGAGACCCCAGGAUGUAAAUUGGGUCUGAAUGCAGGGGGGACAUGAUGACUGUGUAUAGGGCUCCUCACGAUGCAUUCCAUGGGAUUUCUAGCAUUCAUGUUCUGCGUGGGGAUCUGUGGAGGAGCCAGAGAAUAUGGACACAUCACAGGACACUUAGAGAGAUUACGUUGAUGUUACCCAAGCACAGCAAAGGCCCUGGUUGACUAGCCAAUGACACGACUCGAUGGUAGAGACCCCAAAUGAGGCGUCGACCAAUAAGAGUGACAGACAGUUUGACGGCCAAAAUGGUUAUAUUUAUUAUUUUUACUUAGAUUUAACCGUUAUAGUUUUACAUCUUUUAUUUAAUUUUUUAUCAGUGUUCAAAUGUUGUUUCUCCCUGUAUUUAUUUUUAUGGAACUGGAAAGAGGAGGGAAAUAACUAGCAACUGUAACUGUGGCAACAGAGGGAGAAAAGAGAGGGAGUGAGUCAUGACAAAGAGAGGGAGUGAGUCAUGACAAAGAGAGGGAGUGAGUCA